AAUUUAAAAAAAAACAUAGAAUUGAGAAAAUGGAACUCCAGGUGGACCCAGAUGCAUCCUUAUCGACAGCAGAUGAAAUAAUUUCAAUUCACAGCCAGUGGCAUCAUCCACACCAGAAAAUGAACAGAUUUUCUCGACGCUGAGACGCAGCUGUCGGAAAAAGCCCGUUCGGUCACCCUGUGAUGUCUGUGCGUCGGAUUUGCAUGUUCGGUGUUUCACAAAUAUCACAGGUCGACGGCCAAUACAUUCACCGAUGAAGUCAAAAACACCCAAAACUCGAAAGUCACCUAGACAUCCAAGAUUAUCAAGAGGCAGCGCAAAUGAAUCUCCUGAGGUUCCAAAGACGGCACAAAUUAAGAAAAGUGAUUUGAACAUGGGAAACUCUCCUGUUUUGCCAAGAAAAGUACACAAAAAAACUAAAGUCUUGAAAGAUUCUUUGGCUAGAAAUUUUGGUCCAGUUACACGCAGACGUUCUCUAUUGGGAUUUUCGAUUGGAGCAACAAAGAGGAAGGUUGAGGAAUGUGGAGAGAUCUCUUUUAACUCAUCACAUCCAGAAACCGGCUUUAUUCCCGACUCGGAUGAUUCUCCAUCGUCACCUAAGCGAGCACGUGUUGAUGAGACUCUACCGAAUUCACUGACGCAACUUUCCACAGAAGUGAACGAGAUAAAUGUUUCUCUGGCAGAAAAAGCUCCAACUUCUGAGGAGUCUCAAUUGAAGAAGAAUAUUGCCGAUGUAAAUGAAAUCUCCAAGUCAAUAAGACACAUAAGUAUAGAAGACAACAGAACAAUAGCUAAUGAGGUUUAUACACCAAUAACAGACUUUUAUUUAAAAGAGAUAAGAGCAGAAACUAAAGAAAACUCUAAACCUAUCGAUGCUUUUCUGAUGAAAGACAUUCUGUCACCAGCAAAUAAGAUUCCAAAUGCAGUGAGAGAAUUUAAGAGAGAAGAGAAGAUGUCUGAAACUAAUGUCAGCUCAAAAACAAUAGAAAACUUAAGAAUAGAGGAGAACAUGAAAGAAGCUUAUAGAUGCACUACGCCAAAAGAAAAAGAAAACAUGUCAGAAUCCAAGGAAAUUUCAGAACCUAUUCUAGACAUUAGAAUGACUACUAUUAAAAGGAUAAACGAUAUGCAUAGGAAUACCUCAAGUCCAAUCUUAACAAAUUUAGUAGAUAUCAGAACAGGAGAGCACAGUCAAUUAGAGACUAUGUCAAGAGCUGAGACAAUUCCCUCCAGUGGUGAAGACACAAUAGAAAUACCAAACGAUUCAAAUCUUCAACAGAGCGAAGAGCCAAACCUGCCCAAGGAAGACACUAGAAUAGAAGAAAGAACGUUAAGGCCCCUGAUAAGCACUCAACAAACUCAUCACAUCUUUGGAGAAUCAAAUGAGGAUAUUGUACACAGUUCAUCGUCGUCGGAGGAGGAGGAGGAGAAGGAGGAGUACUUGACUCUCAGAGAAGAUGUGACAUUACAACAUCAAAGACGUGAGGAGGAAAUCAACGAGACAGAGGAACAUGAGACUGAUUCUGCCGACAACAAAAGCAGAUGCAAUAUUAUGUGAACUGUUCAGGAAAAUCAUGUUUUUGAUUUUUAAUUGAUUUUUAAUGCACAUAGCUUAACCGAAAGUCCUAAAAAAAAGAUAUGUUAAUGGAAUGAAACGUCUUUGAGGAGAAUUCAUAUGGCGAAAUGAGUGGUUAUUGAAUUACAUUGAAGUGUUUGCAUUUAAUAUUAAACUUUAUUCGACAAGCUUAACACAGAAAAUA